GUAUAUAUUGUUUUUGUAUUUUGUUGUUUUUAAUUGUGAAGCACUUUGAGCUGCCACACAUUAGGCGUUUUUUUAUUUUUUUUUAUAGAUCUAUUGAUUAUAUACAUUUACAUUCUGCUGACAUGCAAGCUGCCAACCUGGAAUCACCAGGAACAAUUUGGAGUUCAGUGCCAAGGACACGUCGACGCAUGGCAAGCCAGGAUCCAAACCUGCAUUACUCCGAUCACAUGCUGACUGCUGUACCUUUGCAUCAUAUUCCUAAAAAACUGGACAGAUCCUCUCUGCUAGAGUAAUACUGUAGCUAUUGACUCUUGUUUAGAGCUCCUGGCCCCUCCAGGUGCUGCCCAUCACGUGUCUGAUAGUCUGCACCUGUUAACGCCUGGCAUGCCAAGAUCCACCAGUCCAGGUAGGGCCUGACCAUUUGGGGCAACUUCAAACUGGUGUUUGAGGAAAAAGCUAACGCCGCCAUGGAUCCUCGGAGAGUUCUGACCGUGUCCGCGCGGGUGGAUGCUGCUGUUUCAUCAACUGCAACGCUCCAAGCCAUGUGCACACCAAGCAAAGGCGCCCAGUGGAAGAACGACCUGGAGCACAUCCGCAAAGACCACGGCUUCUCCAGGAAGGUCCUUCUCAACUGCUGCUUGGUGCGGCGCAUCAUCACCUGGGCCUCCCCGAGCCCCAAAGACAGCGUUGAAGAUGAGCUCGAGCUUUCGACAGUACGUCAUCGUCCUGAAGGCCUGGAGCAGCUUGAGGCGCAGACCCGUUUCUCCCGGAAGGAGCUUCAGAUCCUUUACCGGGGCUUCAAAAACGAAUGUCCCAGUGGAGUCGUCAAUGAAGAAACUUUUAAAGACAUCUACUCACAGUUCUUCCCACAAGGAGAUGCUUCGACGUACGCACACUUUCUGUUCAACGCAUUCGACACAGAUCACAACGGCUCUGUGAGCUUUGAGGACUUCGUUAUGGGGCUUUCCAUCCUCCUGAGAGGCACGGUCCAAGAAAAACUCAUCUGGGCUUUCAAUCUUUAUGACAUCAAUAAAGAUGGAUACAUUUCUAAAGAGGAAAUGCUGGACAUCAUGAAGGCCAUCUACGACAUGAUGGGUAAAUGCACGUACCCCGUCCUGAAAGAAGAGACGCCCCGGCAGCACGUGGAAGUCUUCUUUCAGAAAAUGGAUAAGAACAAAGACGGAGUAGUAACCAUAGAUGAGUUCAUCGACUCUUGCCAAAAUGAUGAAAACAUCAUGAGAUCAAUGCACCUCUUUGAGAACGUUCUUUAGCUUCUGGGAGGCGCGUGGAGGCUGCAGGAGAACGGCAUGUCUAGCAUGACCCGGUUCCUGACCUGGACUUUUACUGUGUACAGUGUGCUAUGCAGACUUUUAACCAUAGAUAGGAUAUUGGUCAUUACUGUGGGCCGGCGGUAGGAGUAGGCAGCAUGGCAUGAACACUCUGGAACCUUUGAAACCAUUCAUGGCCACGAAAAAAACACUUUUUCAAAAAUGUCUAAUAGUAUUCGCUGCCAACUGGACACACUGUGACUUCUACUGCGUCCAAAACAGUAAGAAUAAAAUUUAAGUCAAUCUCAGUUCCAGAGUGUUCUAACUUUUAUUUGCUUUCUAAUAAAAAAAACAAAUUUUACAGUUUAAAUUGUGUACAUACUAUAUAUACAGAGAAAUGUUUAGAGUUUGUUCAUGUUUACUUGCCAACUAGAAUAAGAAAACUACAAGGAUUGUAUUGAUGUCAACAAAAGAAGAAGAUUUGGACCAUAAUGUGGAUUAUUUUCUCUACUGAAGCACACAGGUAGUUCUAGUUUCAUGUCUUUAUUGGAAGAAGAUGCUGCUUUAUUUAACCUUAUGUAGGAGCGGUUUGUGCGAACAGACAUGUUUCUACUUCUGUUUUGGACUUUUCACGAGGAAGCAGUGUUUGAGUUAUUUAUAUGGUAUGACGGCCAUUGUACAGACGCUUGGUAGAUGUACAGUAUUAAAGAUGAAUUCCAUCUGG